UUUCGCCAUGUGAUGGAGCUGCUCGCAUUGGACGAAGAUUCUCUAAUGGAAAUAUUUUCCUACUUCUGCUUCAACGAGCUGCUAGUGCUGUCUUCCGUCUGUCAACGCUUUCUACACCUUUGCCAGCGGCAUCUGCGCAAAAUACGCCACUUCGAGCUCGACUACCGUAGUGUGGUGGGGCGCGAGAACUAUCCGGAGUAUCUGCGCAACGUGUUUACCAGUCUCGGACCAACGCUGGAAGCGUUCCGAUUUUCCGGCGGAUACAUCAUGAACGAAACACUGAAACAGUUGAUUGUGGAAAGUUUGGCAACACACUGUACGAACCUGCGCUACCUUACCAUAAACUAUACGAUCCUGAACGAGCAGCAGCUACGACCGUUGGCCGUAUUGUUGGACAAGCUGCUCCAUCUCGAUCUCGGGUGCUGUGAUCUAACCGACGAUAGUUUGGGCGAAUUUCUACGGUCACGCCCGCUGAAACUGCGCUCAUUGGCGUUACCCGGCAAUACGAACAUGUUGGGUAAAUUUUUCGAACAUUGGACUACGGCGACCGAGCUGGAACAGCUUGAUGUGAGCCACUGCUUUUCGCUUAACGUGCAAGAUAUGGAUGCAUUCUUAAAGCAUGCCAAACGGUUGAAGGCUGUCGAUGUAACUGGAAGUCUGUGGUUGCAGCGCAACAAGGAUAUCUUCAGUAAGGAUGGACGAUCGAUUGCCAUGGGAACGAGUAUGCCCGUGCUGGAGUAUUACAAAGCAGGCUGAACGCAAAAGCAUU